AUGCAACGACGGCCGCCUGCUGCCGUACCGCCGCUCGCUCUCCCGGUCUCUCAACGUGCGACCCGCAGACAAACCGCCCUUCCUCGAGGCGGGUCUCCGCACACACCUCCCAACAGUCGUUCUCCCUUGCCGUUGUUAGCUUCUGGCGCGAACAGAAACAGUAGCGACAGUUGGAACAGCUCCAACUAUGAUGGCGCAGAUGAUAUGGAGGUAGAAUGGAGCGUAGAGCAGACGCGGCUUCUCUCAAGGACUUUGGAUGCCCUUCCUGCACACUUACUUACCCCAUUCAAUGGCCCGGUACCCCCAUCAAAUUUGCUCGACAAGAUUGCGCGGGGUGUAUCUCAGGCGAAGGGGUCCGUUGGUUGGCCACACUCACUCCGUGCAACACGUGCCAAAAUAGUCGAACUCGCACGAAUGCGCGCAAAGGAGGCCGCCAGCGACGGAGCCAGUGACACGAUUGCUGAGGAAGAUGCCAGUGAUCCUGAUGCGCAACAGCAGUCAACAAGCAGCGGUCCGAAAAGACCUCUGUACAGGCAGUCAAGUAUGGACUUUAUGCAAAUGGCACCACCUAAUUUGAUGGACAAUGACAAAAUCACUCGCCUCUCCCGUCGCCUGCAAAGCUCUGACCGCACCAUUCCUAACCCUUCUUAUCGUUCCCAUCCAUCUAUAUCUUCCCGCCCCUCAUCUCCUUCGUUCGGCAUGGCCCGCCGAAGAGGAAUCUUCCCCUCAACUCCGAGCUCAACUACGCUCAAUUCUAGCAAUUCUGAUUCUAGAAACGCGCACAUGCGGAGAUCUAUGUCGGAUAUGUCUAAUUCAUCCGAUUCUUUCAUCCUCCCCGUUCUCGAUCCCCGAGUGCAGCGUGUCAAGCGCGCCGAUUCGUUUGCUGGAUCUAGAGUAUAUGGUCCUGGACAGUCCCUCAAGCGUGCACCGUCCUUUGGUACCAUUCCAAAACGUAGUUCGGGAGCCAUGAGCCAGAGUGGUAGGGACUCAGAAGCGACAUCAUCUGAUGAGGAAGAGAAGAUGCGGAGUAUGAAAGCAAAGAAGGCCCGCGUGAAGGCGGCAUCCCCGACUCCUCUUCCAACCUCUUCGCCCAGCGUUUCUCCGGAAAAGCCAAAGUCUCGCCGAAAAUCUCAUCAGGAGACGGUAAAUAAGUCCCCCAGGGCUAAUAAAGAGACAUCCGCUCGACGAACUACUAAGCCCAGGACUAACCUCAAGCGAAACCCCAUCAUUCUGGGCGGUGAGCUACCUCAUCCCCAGCCCGAUCGUAAUCCUCCCACAACAAGAGACUCUCUUCGUACUGACAAUUUCAAUCUGCUGCACACCUCAAGAAUUGGUGAUUUACUGACUGCUCGAGGACCUCACGCUCUUGAAGUACCGAUGACGCCUGGGACCCCAUCUACACCCCAAGUUCCUCGAGGCAAGUCUCUCCGCCGAACCGGUGGGGCCAAACUCCCUUCGCGCACUAUCGCGCGCAAGAUCUCGUUCGGGAGUAUGAUCGCGCCUGCGCCCGAGGCAUACGGCGAGCCCGGCUCCGGCUUCGGUCUUGGACUUGACAGCGCAUUCCAGCUGCAGUGA